AUGAGAGAACGCAGCCAGCAGAGCCUCGGUGGACACGUCCUGUAUGUAGGGCUAUUCAGACAUCCAGGAAUGCUGCACCGGGCUAAGUACAGCCGAUUCAGGAAUGAUUCCGUCACCUCCCUAGAUGAAGGUACACAAAAUACAUCUUUAAAUAUCAAAGAUUCUUCCUCCUCUUCCCAUUCUUCAACACCCAAUUUACUGACAGAAGAUGUCUCCUUGGGGCCACAGGACACCUGCACCACGCUGUGCACACUGAUCCCCCGCAUGGCCAACAUUAAACUCGCCAACCCGUCGAAUCUGCCGGGGCUGAAAAGCUUCUGCCUGGGAGCCAAAGAGGUGCCACGAAUUAAACUCACGGAGUGUGUCACCAUCCCCAGCAGCCCAACCUCGCCUGAGAUCAGCUGCCUGUCAGCCUCGUACCCCCAGCCCGACCUGGACAAGCUGGUCCUAGCGCCAAGGCCAGCGGGGGACUGUGCUGAGGAGGGCAGGCAGGACAGGGGCCUGGCACAGAGCAAUGACAGCACGUACAGCCAGGAGCCAGGAACCACCUACAGUGUGCGGUACAUGGGCUGUAUUGAAGUGCUGCAGUCAAUGAGAUCCCUGGACUUUGGCACACGAACACAAGUCACCAGGGAAGCAAUCAGCCGACUGUGUGAAGCUGUGUCGGGUACAAACGGAGCUAUAAAAAAGCGGAAGCCUCCAGUAAAGUUUCUGUCUUCUGUACUUGGCAAAAGUAACCUUCAGUUUUCUGGCAUGAACAUAAAGCUGACCAUUUCAACAAGCAGCCUCACUUUGAUUAAUGCUGACACGCAGCAGAUUAUUGCCAACCAUCACAUGCAGUCCAUCUCAUUUGCUUCUGGAGGUGACCCAGAUACAACAGACUACGUGGCAUAUGUAGCAAAAGACCCUGUUAAUCAGAGAGCAUGCCACAUCCUGGAAUGUCUAAAUGGGAUGGCACAGGAAGUGAUCAACACCAUAGGACAGGCUUUUGAGCUCCGGUUCAGACAGUACCUGAAGAACCCAUCGAACCUGGUUACAUCUAAUGAAAGCGAGGCAGCAAAUGCUAAUGGAUCAGCUGGGAAUUCACAGGAGAGGGAGGAUCAUGAAUACUACAAUGAAAUUCCAGGGAAGGAGCCUCCCACCGGUGGAGUGUUAGAUAAGCGAAUGAAAGUUCAGACAGACCAAAGGGCUAAGUGUCCUGUCCAGUGCAAAAAGCAGUAUUGCUCAACAGGCAGCCCAGACUUCAUCAAUAUAUAUGAAAAUUGUCCAGAAGAAAACAAAACUGUGGGUAAUUGUGAUGAGAGAUCACAGAAGACAAUAAAAGAGAGAACCUCAUUGAAACCUGCCUACAAAGCAGAUCUCUUUGACGAUCCAUGUUACAUCAACACCCAGUCCCUGCAGUCUGCAGCCUGUGCAGCCCGAGGCCCAGCAGCAGCACAGAUCCCUGGGAGCCCUCUGCGCCAGGCCAAGUUACCGGAACUUGUUCAGCAGAGUGCCACAAGCAACACAGCUGGUCUCUGUAUUCUGCCACAAAUAAAGCAACAGCUAAAGAAUGAAGAUUGUUACCAUGGCAAAUUGAACAGGAAAGCAGCAGAGAGCCUCUUAGUCAACGAUGGAGAUUUUCUGGUACGAGAGAGCACAACGUCACCUGGUCAGUACGUCCUCAGUGGACUUCAGGGAGGGCAGGCAAAGCAUCUACUCCUGGUGGAUCCUGAGGGCAAGGUGAGAACCAAAGACCAUAUAUUUGAUAGUGUGGGUCAUCUUAUUCAGUAUCACAUGGAAAAUAAUUUGCCAAUCAUCUCUUCUGGAAGUGAAGUGAGCUUGAAGCAGCCUGUAAGGAAAGAGAGUAAUGUGGGACACAUGCAGUAUCACAAAUAA